AUGGAACAAUCCUGCCUGGAACGGAAGCGCCGCUACGUAAUCCCAGCGCGUCUCAAUGAGCCUCCAAUUCACAUUGAGCGCACCAAUGAGGACCACGGCCCCCGGCGCAUGCCCGCUCUUCACACGAUGAGUCGCAGGAGGCCUUGCCCCAAACAGCCCGCAGCAGCAGCGCAGCAGCAGCAGCAGAACCCCAGCCGGGGGGAGGAGCAUGCGCGCAUCCUGGCACGGGCCCUCACACUGCCAUCGACCGGCCAGGAGGGGGGACAGCGAUCCUGCCAGCCUCCACUCACAGGCAGGAAGCAGAGAGCAGCCGCACACACACGAACCGACAAGCUUAAAAUAUGGAGAGUCAUAUUUACUGACCAGCCUCCGGCUAACCAGGGCUCUUACCCACAGACAUUACUGGAGGCUCGCGUCUCCCACACGCCAGGCUUCCAAAGUUACAAUAGUCUGCCUGUGACCUCCAGUAUCCUACGGGCGCUCCAGAUGGCUCAAAAUAGAAACACUCUUGUUGUCGCUCGCAUCUGUGCUUGUCCUUCUGCGGAGUUAGAAGGAAAAGAAGUGCCACAGAAACAGAAAGUGCGCAAACUGCUUCACGAACAACAAUUUGCGCCCUUUCUCUCAAUGAGCCAGAGCUUUUUUUACCCCAAUAAAGUUGACAGUGCACUCGUCCUCCGAAGUGCGGCGCUGUCCGUGGUGCUGAAAUCUUUUCCAGCUCCACAAAGUAUGCUAACCCAUCUGCUCACUGUCACCUUCACGCUCUAUAUUGUGCAUCCGAGCCAUCAAGUGUGCGUGGAUGUCCCCUCCGAGACUGAGGCGGUUCUGGGCCGGUCCAUGAGACUGACCUGCAUCGACUGCUUGAAGCGAGAAGAGGUCAAAGCCAAAACCAGAGUGGACUGGUUCUACAGGCCCAACACUACUUGGAGCAGGAUCCCUAUUGUCAAGUAUCACAAUGACAAACCCUCGGUGCUGGACAGUCCCUUUCGGGGCCGGCUGUUCUGGAAUGGAAGUCAGGACUUGCAGGAUUUGUCCAUUUCGAUCCAAAACGUCUCUUUUAGCGACAGCGGAUUUUACCAGUGCAUUGUUAAACGGGAGUUUAUCUAUGCAGUGGGACAAAUCCGGGACUACUUCACUCCAACUGCCUCAAAUAUUAAAAACAUCUCACUAACUGUAAUAGAGAAAGCCAGUGAAGACCCCACAGCUCUCUAUUCGGAGAUCAUGAUGUAUGUGCUGCUGGUCUUCUUGACCUUAUGGCUCAUGGUGGAGAUGGUCUACUGCUACCGGAAGAUCUCCAAGUCUGAUGAGCAAACACAGGACACUGCGUACUGA